AUGGAUGAUGAAAAUAUUGGUACAAUGGAUCAAUGGUUUGAUUCAACAUUUAUGGUUCUUAAUGAAUCAUAUCAACUUGAUUUACGUCGAGUUAUGUCACCAGAUACAUGUGAAUUAGUUCAUGCAUUAAGUGAUUAUUAUAUGUAUGAUAAUAUUGGUCUAUUUAUUCAUUUACUUGGUUUAACUUCACACUAUCUGACAUCAACGUCAUUUGUGUAUGCUGACAAUCAACUUAAACAUAAACUUAAUCUUCAUUUACUCUUAGUUGUACGAGCAGGCUAUGAAAGAUCAUCACUGGUUGAGCAUCUAAAACAAGCAAUGAGUAAUGUACAAUGUAUUCGUCAAACUGGUCAACAAUAUGAUAUUCGACAUACAUUUAAUUCCAAUAUAUUUUGUCGAUCAGAUGAAUCGAUAAUAUCAACAGGUCUUUGUCUAUCAGAUAAAUUUGAUGAACAUGGAACAUAUACACAUAUUCAAAAACAAAAUCCUUUUUCAAUUAUUGGUACAAGUACUGGACAGUAUAUUCGAAAAUUACUCGAAACAAAAUUUAAUCAUAAUAAUAAUACUAUUCAUAAUAAUAAUAUAAAUAAUAAUAAUAAUAAUCAUGUAAAUAAUGCAGAUUGGUUGAUGAUGUUUAUCGCAAGCAAAGCUCGUUUAUUUUGUCGACGACCAAAAUUAUUUGAUCCAAAUCGUUAUCCAUCACUUGAACAAUGGAUUAUAGUUCUUAAUUGUCAUUGCUCAAAUUUAAUGGAUUUUUAUUUUGAUGAACCACAAGCAAAUCAAUUUAUGUGUGAUUAUCUUGAUGCACUUUCACUUAAAGCAACAUCUCUUGAAGAUAGUCAUCCAUGGAUGUCAGCAAGAUAUAUAUCAGCACGUGAACAUGUCUUACGUGUAUCAGCAUCAUUACGUAUAAUUGAGUUAGCUAUUGAAACAUUAAUUGUUUAUCGACGAACAUUUCAUACAUUUGGUCAAGCAGAUAAAAUAUUUUUUGAUAAUUGUACUCAUAUAAUUGAACAAACCCGAGGUAAUACAACAACAGCACGUGUAAAUAUUAAUGUUGCUAUUGUUCAAUCAGCUAUUUAUUUUGUUAAUACAAGUAUUAAACAAUUUGAAAUUAUGUUUGAACCAACAUUAAAUACUGGAACACCAAAUCCAGAACUUCCAUCGAUGAUAAAUCAAGCAUCCAUAUCAGAUCGUUCAUGGAUAACACAUUCAUCAACAUCAUUUCCUCCAAGAUCAACAUCACCAUCAGCAAAACGUUUAAAGACUUUUGUUGAUCCAUCAUAUGUUAAAUCAUUAGAACUUGCACAUGAACUUUUACUUUUGCCAUAUGUAGCAUUUACACGUACAUCUGUCUAUGCGAAUUCAAAAUUAAAACGUAAUGCUGCUUAUCUUGAUUCAGUUAUUGAAGAAUUAAAAAAACAUCGUCUACUUAUUAUGGUAAGACAAGGUGUACAAAUGGUUGAUGGAACACGAAGACGUGUGGAUCUUCUUGUUAAAUGUGCUCCAAUAUUAAAAGAAGAUGAGAAUAAUAAUAACAAUAAUAAUCAUAAUAAUAAUAAUGAUAAAAAUGAUGAUGAUCUUAUUGAACGUUUAGGUCGUUUUGGUGUUGAAUACGAUCGUUAUAUUCAAACACUAGGUACACUUGAUAUUGGAGAAAAAUAUCGUUUAUCUGAACAAUGUUUUGAAUUAUUAAAUUCACCUGAUUACAAGCGAUAUUUGACAAUUGAUCUUGAACGAAUAGCACCAUUACAUCGUAUACAACAACAACAACAUCAACAGCAAGAACAACAUCGACAUUCGAUUCAACAGGAAGAAACAAAUGAUUUAUGGACAUCAUCUUCAUCGUCAUCUAAUAUUAAACUUGAACCCGCAGAUUUUUAUGCAUAA